AUGCCACGCCUAGCGCUGCGGUAAAUUUUGAUAUCUGAUACUUUUCUGAACACCUCAAUUUCAGCCAAUACAGCUACUAUUACCGCGUGAAUGGCGAAACGGCCGAACAACUGCUGAGACAGUAUGGCCUCGAGGGAGACUUUCUGGUGCGGUAUAGCGAAUCGAACACUCAAAACUUUUCCAUCUCUGUCAAGUGAGUCAAAACAUUCUCUAACGAGAUCCUCUUCAAAACUACGGUUUCAGAGUGGCCGAAGACAAGAUCCUGCAUAUCAAGGUGACAAAGUUCGAUAAUGACAUGUUGAGCAUCUUCGAGGAUCAGCGGACGACUCCGAACGAGUUUAAUUCGAUCACCGAGCUUGUCGAGUUCUAUAUGGAGUUUCCGGAAAAGCUUCGCGAGAAGAACGGGGUGUUUCUCGAGCUGAAGAGGCCAGUUCCCAUUCCGUACCAGGUGGAGAGCUGCGCCGAAGAGCAGCGACGCACUCAAUUGUACCGUUGGUGGCAUGGAAACCUGCCGGCGAGCAGUGCCAAUAAGCUUUUGCAGUCCGAGAAGAACAACACUUAUCUGGUGAGAGCGAGCCAGCACAUCCCCGGAGCUCUCGUCAUCUCGACGAAAACGGAUGGCAACGUUGUGCAUCUGACCAUCUAUCAGGAUCCGUACACGGGAAAGUUCAACAUUGACGGAGAUCGGACCAAGUUCCAGAAUGCGUGGCUUCUCAUCGAUUCGUACGCGAAGAAUCCGAUCGUCGAAAAAGGAGGGAUCAGUCGGGUGGUCUACCUAGAAAAUGUAGGGUUUGAGGGAAACAGGACGAGCAAAACCGAAGCAAGAUUCAUUCCAGCCUCUGUUCAAUACUUUCGUCGAAGCGGACCUUCUAGUUGAUCGAUACGAAAUCUUGAGAAGACCACUGAAUGCCAGAGAGUCGACAGAAAAGACGGGCAUCUCCGAGGAAUUUGACGUAACAAAUACUUUCAUUUCAUUUUGAAUUUCUUUUUUUUCAGCGUCUGACCCAAGAAGCUCUCCCAGCUGAGCAAUAUCUGUCGAAGAGAGAAGGACGGCGUGCGAUCAACAUCGAGAAGAAUCGCUACAAGAACAUAGUGCCAUUUGAUCACACUCGUGUCAUCCUCAACGAUCAGCCCAACCAGCCAGGAAGUGAUUAUAUAAAUGCGAGCUACGUUCGUUUCGAGAACAGUCAACGAACGAAAAACGUGACUUUCGCGUGCGAAAAGUCGUUCAUAGCCACGCAAGGAUGUCUGGAAAAUACAAUCGAGGACUUCUGGCGUAUGGUCUGGCAGGAGAACUCGCGGGUGAUUGUAAUGCCGACGAUGGAGAACGAGCGGAAGGAGAAGUGCGCGAGAUACUGGCCAAGAGAAAUGGAAAAACUUCAACAUUACGGGCCCAUUUCGGUGACUUUAACGAUGGAGAAAACGAUGCAACGUGCGGUUUCGGAUGAAGUGAAGGACGAAUUGGAACAGGAGAAGGCGAACCGACUGGCGAAGGGACUCGUUCCGGAGCAGGAGCUGAACGGAGACGGUGUCAGCUACACUCUCCGAACUUUCCUCAUUCGGAAAGGAAGAGAGACCAGAGAAGUGCGGCAGCUGCAGUACUUGACCUGGCCGGACCACGGAUGCCCCGUCCAUCCGUACGCCGUUAUCAACUUCCUUGAAGACGUCGACAAAGAUUACGAGUAUUUCGAUAAGCAGGCAGCCGCCAGUGCUCAUCCGCAAGGGCCGAUUGUGGUGCAUUGCAGUGCGGGCAUCGGAAGAACCGGCACUAUCCUCGUGCUGGACGCCCUUCUGUCGCAGAUCGAGAAAAUGGGACCGUUGUGCCCGGUGGACGUGUACAAAAUGGUCAAGUACGUCCGCACAUACCGAUCGGACUUGUUCAGACGGAACAACAAUACCAGUUCAUAUACAAAGCACUGGCGUUUUACCUGAAAACUAAAAAUAAAGUGAGUCUGAAGAAGCCGCGUCAUCUCAACAUUUCUUGAUUUUAGCUGCCUGUCAAGUCCUUUGUGGACGCGGACGCCGAGGCAUUCGACUAUCCGCGCCGUGUCCGCGCGCCCGGGCCCUCGCGUCCGUCUUCCGCGCGGCAAGUCACUUCCCGUCCGUCGUCCUCCGCUUCCACACGAACGUCGCAUUCCCGCCCGCGGACGUGCCCGCAAGUCGAUCCGAUUCUGGAGCGUGACGGGCUGUCCACUUCGUUAAAAGCAAAGACUCUGAAGAAAUGA